AUGACGCGCCCCGGACUUGUUAGAGCUGACACAAUCGAUCUGCAAAACCAAGACGCCCCUACUACCCAAGAUCACCACUCGACCUCUUUACAGCCUUCGGACCUUGGUAAACAUCAGGCCUCGGAGAUUCGUCAUGUCCACGAAGAAAGACACGAAGAGGAGGAGCAUUUGCAAGAUGCCUGGAGCCGCGCCCACCACGACGGACAAGUCAAUGAAUUGACCGAUGACCAACUACAAGCCCACAAUCAUGAAAAUGGCGAUUCCGCAGACGACUCUGAGCUGGACGACGACAUGCUCGACGACCGCAUCUCCAGUUCUCCUUCUAUCGACGAUGGUGCGUACCCUGUUGCUGCUUCUGCUUGGCCACACCGCUCUUCCUCCUUAACUCCUCCACGCCAUACACUCAACUGUGAGGCUAUCGACUCUCCUGACUCGUCACCCUUUGUUCUUGCUCCCGCACACUUGCCUCUAUCCAUCAUGUCGGCUGCAGACUCGGCAGCGUCGCCUGCAUCGUCUUUGCAGUCGUCUUCUCCUUUACCCUUUCUCCGAAGCAUCUACCGCUGUCGGCCUCCCCUCUCCAGACAUCAUCAUCAUACUGGUGAGUAUGCUGGUAGGUAUCACAACGACCACGACUACGAUCAAGAAACCGACGAACACGACCAUGACGACCUUUACCGAGAGCCACUUGGCACACAAAAUGAGUAUCUGGAUUACAACUACUCGCAUGAUAAUCCUGUUGAGGAUCUUACAGCAAUACCCGAAGAGGACAACGAAGAUGAGUUGGACAUGAACGGUUUGUUUUUCACUCCAAGGAGCCCGACAUCCAGAACUACGUCCCCAUCCUCUUGGAGCACUGUCAGCGACGCAUCUGCUUCUUCAAUUUUGGAAGACACGGAAUCACAACACAAACAUGAUGAUGAUGACCUGGACCUUUCCUUCUACUCUGAUGACCGUUUCGUUGAUUCCGGUUGGGGCGGCGAAUGCUUACGUGAAACAGAAGACAUCGAUUUCGAUUUCGUCUAUGCCUUGCACACCUUCGUGGCCACAGUUGAAGGCCAAGCCAAUGCGGGCAAGGGCGACACCAUGGUCUUACUUGACGACAGUAACAGCUACUGGUGGCUUGUUAGAAUCGUAAAAGACAAUAGCAUUGGUUACCUUCCGGCCGAACACAUCGAGACUCCGACAGAACGCCUGGCGCGUUUAAAUAAGCAUAGAAAUGUCGAUCUAUCUGCUGCGAUGCUUGGAGAUACGCCUGAGAACUCUAAAAAUCCGCUCAAANAGGCCAUGAAACGACGCAAGGCAAAGACGGUACAGUUCACCGCCCCCACCUUUGUCGAGGCCUCGGAUUAUGACUACUCGUCUGACGAGGAGGACGGUCUUAUGCCCGAACCUCUGUACGGUAACGGCAAUCAAAAUCAACAUGAAGACGCCAAAUCUGCAGAAGACAAAUCGUCAUCAGGCACCGACAUUGCUACGACUGUGGUCGAAGUCGCGAGAGCCGAAACGCCUGUUUCGGAAAGUCCAGCCAAAGACAUCAAGGCUCCUGCUGAAGAACCAUUAAGCAGUCCCACCUUGGUUGACAAAACAGAAGCAGCGCCGCUCAAAUCAUCCAGGAAAGGGACGCCACGAAACGCCGACUCUUUCCUCAAGGACGACGGGGCAGAGCCCCUCAAGAUUUCCCUCACACCAAAUCUGCUGCGGGACAACAGCAAUGGAAGCCGAUCUCUGGAGAGUACCGGCUCCAGCAUGGAAGGCCUCGAGAAGACAGCUUCCCCACUAGAUAAGNUCAAAAGACGACAAGAAAAGAAGGAGAAGAAGCCAGGAAUGCUUAGCGGUCUUUUCAAGAGCAAGAAGAAAGACAAGCGAAACAAGAAUUCUGUCGAUGAAGACAGCGAUAUCGAAAAGUUGUCAAGCGAACUGGCCAGACAAUCGACAUCUUCCGACUCCAACAAGGGCUCCCCGAUUGAGCGUCCCACCCAAUUCUCAGCCGCAGAGCCCAAGUCUAGAGGCAAGUUGCAGAAGCCGCAGGUGGGAGGAGCCACGGUUGCUCCUGUAGCUUCACAAGUCACCACUCCUGCGCCGGUAUCUGCUCCUGCCCAGGCUCCUGUGGCUGCUCCUGCCCCUCUCCAGGUACCAUCUGCCGCAUCUGCCAUCCAACGUCAAAGGGACGAACAGCCAUCAGCAGGCUUUGUUGCCGAGCUCGAAGGUUCUACUGUUGAUACUCCUGUACAACCUCUACAACCUGUACAACGCAAUGUCGAGUUGCGUCAGCCAGAGCCAAGAACCACUAGCGAGACUCUGCUUGGAUCGCAUACGCUUUCAUCAAUCACGAACAAGAUGAGACACUCGGAAUCACAAGACAGUAUCAAGCCAAAGAAGGUGAAGAAGGCUAAAGCUCGAGUGGAGCUCGACGACUUCGAUGAAAUCAGUGAUGAGGAAGCUCAAGCANAAGAGGUCGAGGACGGGCCGAACGAUGCAUUCAUGCACGGCACCGAAAUGGUACACAUUCCUGUCAACCUUGGGGACGAGUCUUCCUCGCCUGAUGACCACGAUACGAACGAGGAAAGAGGUGGUGAAGAAAGCUCAGAGAGGACCAGUUCCCCGAGUAUGAUCGGCACGCCCAAGGCAUCCCUGGAUGGAUCUCACGAAAACGAGAAGCACACACAUGACGUCCCAACUUCAAACAUGUUAGACGACGACGAUCAAACACCUCUAGCAUCGAAACGACAAUCGGCUGUGGUCAGUGGGUCCUCCACCCCUCAGCAACCACCAGUCAACGCUCCUGUCCGACGUGCACCUUCUCCUCCCCAAAGAACCAAUUCAGCCACUCCAUCCAAUGGUUCUUCGGUACGAUUAUCUCCAUCACCCGCAUCAACACGCAGUCCUGUGUCGACUGCAGGUACGCUCAACACGUGGUCCGAUGCAAGUCUUCGGGCGUGGCUCGAUGGGGCUGAGAACGACGUACGCGACAUGCUCGUCAUAAUUCACGACAAAAGUUCGGUUGUGCCGGUCACGCGCGAUCAUCCGCUCAUGGCGGACCUCUUUACUGACGAAAGCCGUAGACUGGCGGGUUUGCAGGACGAACUCGACGGGCUGCUCGGCAAUUGGCUUGCUCGGAAAAGAAGUGUAAGAGAAGUGGCGACCACGUAG